CAUACUGAGAUAUGUGAUUUUAGCAGACAAUAGAUAUCGUCAAGUAUGGAGGGAGAGUACUUCGACGCCGGAUAUGUCUUCCUGCUCCUGGGCGAUACCAUCUUCCCCAACAAACGCGACUGCUCACUAUGGCUGCUGAACCACCUGGACGAGAUAGUCACGCCCUGCCAUCCGCAUGCGGCCACAUACAGCGCAUCUCAGCGCAUGGAGGUGCUGUCUGUAAUACCCAGUCACUACACCCUGGCACACUGUGAUAUGGCCAGCCAGCCAUGUCGUGUGGUUUGUACGACGAAAGUGGUGUUCUUAGCUCGCAGGUACCGCAUCGUGUUUUCGCUCGACACGUCACCGUCUGCGUUUACUAUCAACACCUCAGCCGCACACACAGUGGCCGAUGACAUCAAGUCGGUGCUGAAGCGAAGUCUGUCGGCUCUGCUACGACCGUUCCAG